GGCAUCAUGCGGGGCGGCGGCGGCGACGGCGACUCGCCCACCAAGACUGGACAUCACAGACAGCAGAAGGUCAAGAAGUCCUUGGAAAAUAAAAACUCUAAGCAAUUUGAGGAGGUGGAAACUACUGUUCCAGAAGUGAACAGUAACUAUGAUGACACAGUGAGCAACGUUUCUUCUGCCUCACCGAAGGGCCCAGUGAACGGGAGCCCAGAGUCCAGAAGCAAGCGGACCAUUCGCAGACCUGCUUACUGGCUGGAAAUGAGAGGAGUGAAAAACAGUGCUAACAAAUCUCCAGAGAAAAACGGAGAAGUAUUACUGAAAGGCAAGAGGAAAUCUGAGCAAGGGGAAGGCGAAGAUGUUGAAGACUCUCCCAAGAAGAAGCAAAAAAUUUGGGGAAUCCUUCAGGAAUCCCAAGAGCCUGAGACCAGAGAGAGGGAAAGUCUGGAACAAGGAAACCUUACACUCAGUGAAGGAGGACGAGGACAGAAAGAAGGAAGAUCUGGGGAACUACAGACCAGUCAACUUCACCUCAGUCCCUGGGAAGCAGGAAAAAACCGGCAAGCUGGAACAAAACAAAACUCCAAAAGGAAAGGUCGCUGUGUUCAGAAAGAGACAGAAACCUAUGGCACAGGUAGUGUGGAAGAGCAGUGGUCUUUGGAGAUUCAGGACAAAGGCCGAGUUACCUGUCCCACUUGCCGGGCUGUGGUGAGAAAGACUGUAGAAGGACUGAAGAAACAUAUGGCAAACUGCAGGCAGGAAAUGUUCACGUGUCAUGAGUGCGGGAAGCAGCUGAAGUCUUCAGCAGGGAUGAAAUACCAUGUCAUGGCAGACCAUAACAAUCAGCCAGUUAUGAAGGAGGGAGAGGAAGUGGACGAGCAGCUUGAGCGAGACCGCCUUCGGAAGGUUUUGAAGUGUAUGGGAAAACUGAAGUGUACAAGGGAGGGCUGCACAGGCAGCUUCACCAGCAUAAUGGGAUACCUGUAUCAUGUUAAAAAAUGUGGGAAGGCUGCUUCUGAGCUGGAGAAAAUGGCUAUGAAGUGCCAUCACUGUGGAAAAGCAUACAGAUCAAAGGCAGGACUGGUCUACCACCUCCGCUCUAAGCACGGGCCGGUCACUUUCCUCCAUGAGGAGAGAAGACCAGGGAACCUGAUAGAAAUGAAACAGGAACAAAACAACACAGGCAGAGUUCAGAGGAGAUCUGCAAAGGUGGCAAUCUACUAUCUCCAUGAACUGGCUGGAGAAGAGCUGGCCAAAGAGUGGCCCAAAAGAAAAGUUCUGCAGGACUUGAUUCCAGAUGACCGGAAGCUGAAAUACACUCGUCCUGGACUGCCCACGUUUAGUCAAGAUGUGCUGUGCAAAUGGAAAGCAGAGAUAAAGAUGUACCGAAGAGUCCACUGCCCAAAUCAGGGUUGUGAAUCUGUGUAUGGCAGUGUCUCGGGACUCAAAUCUCACCUCGGCACAUGUACCUUGGGAGACUUUGUGGCUGGUAAAUACAAGUGUCUCCUGUGUGAGAAGGAGUUCAUUUCAGAGAGUGGGGUCAAGUAUCACAUCAACUCUGUGCAUGCUGAGGACUGGUUUGAUAUGAACACAAUGACCACCAAAAGCUUUGAGAAGCUAAUGAAAAUCCGCCAAAGGGAAGAGCAGAGGAAGCAACGGAAGAAACGUCCUUUGACCAGGGGCAAAAAGAAGAAAGCCGGGCCCCUGGCUGCCAAGAAGCUCCCCACUGCUGGAGUUGAAAAAAUGAGGAAAAAUAAGAGGGGUCGUCCACGGCGGGUGGACAAUGAGAGUGCGAGCAGUGAAGAAGGGGCACCCCAAGUUGCACAGAGAGCUGAAUUUCCUAAAACCAGCCGCAAGCGAGGCCGAAGCAAAUCCCUAGAGGAUGAGAAGGUGUAAUUCUAAAGCUUUUCAAUUACAAGCCCCGCUUCUGUCCAGCUCAUAACUCACAGCACUAAUAUAAGCAACUGGAUGUCUUUGGGACUUGUGACUCAAUUCUGCUCGGUGACUUUGAUACUGAAACUUUUGCCUCUGCUCAGUUGUGAGGGAUUCAAACCAAAGCUGUGGUGCAGAGGCUGCCUCUUCUGGUAUAGUUCCCUUGGACAGUGGCACUAGCAGUGUACUCAGUGUGAUUCCUGCUCUGGUUACAUCCCAGUCUCAGAUUGGUCGCAUUUGUUGCUUGUUUAGUGGUUUCCAGUACAGCAGAUGUCUGUUUUGUCAUCUUCCUCAGAUGGGUGAGAUCAGGGUUCUUUUUUAGCAGUUCUCCCUGUAAGGGACUGACUAGCACAAUGUUUAGGUCUCUUCAAGGGGGAAAUCCUUUCUUGCACAGAAUGCACACAAGCUAAGCAGUGCUGUGCAGAAUGCAGUCUUUGGCUUGCCCUAUCACUGUCCUGUCUGUUGUCAGCAAGGCUGCCACAAAAGAGCAGAGACCUUCCCAGUGUUUGCUGUAGCCUGUUGCACAAGGCUCUAAUUCAUGCACUGGUGUUUAGGCUGAGCAGCAGAUGAGCACAGGUCUGCUUGGAAGGGAUGGGACAUGAUUAUUACCCUUGUCAGGAGCCCACCGUUCCCCUGGCAUCUGUCUCCUGUAAUGCUGGGCAUUAAAGAUGCAUAAAGAGUCUUCUAGUGCAGUGAGGAAUAAUUGCUCUCCAGCCCUUUUUAGAGAUUCACUGGCCUUUCAGAGCCCCCAGUAAGUAAUAUACUGAGAUGGCCUUUGUGUACCCGCUGAAGCCCACUUGUUUCAGACUGACCUGGGAAACGUACUGCAAGACAGUGCACACCUGCAUUAGCAGCCUGCUAGUGCUGGAACCAGGUUUCAUGGAGCUGCCUUGCCAGCAUGUGGUUCUUUGCUGUGCCCAUGCUUCCACAGUGUCCCUUUGUCCUGCGCUGCAGAUGCCACCUCCAUUGUCUUACAUCACCUGUUUCUUUUCAGCACCACUUCCUCUGUGCUAAGUACGUAUAUUAGCAGUGGCUUCCCUGUGUAGAAAAGGUUGGUAGAAGAGGGAUCAUCAUUUUAAGUCACGUGUUGGCAUUAGCUCUGUAUUAUAAGGAAUAAUAUCUUCCUGUGCUCCAUAAAUCAUAGAAUCAUAGAGUGUUAAGGGGUUGGAAUGGACCUUAAAGAUCAUUUAAUCUGCACCCCCCCAACAUGGGCAGGGACACCUCCCACUGGACCAGGUUGCUCAAGGCCUUAUCCAGCCUGGCUUUGAACACUUCCAGGGCUGGGGCAUCCACAACCUCCCUGGGCAACCUGUUCCACUGUCUAAAUGCAGCAGAUGUCAUAGAAGCUACCAAGAAGCAGCAGCACGGGCAAUCCUGUUCUUUUCCAAAGACUAGAUUCUCCAGAAUUUCUGUUAUCCGAAGACCCACUGUACCAGGAAAUUGCAAAAUUUGCACUGUCUGACAAAGUUGCUGCUGCUGAAAUUCACAGGGAAGCAGGAAGCAGGUUUGUACAUGUGUGUUAUUACCAGCAUGAUCACAUUGGCCCUGAUGGGGAGGAGUGCUGUAUGGCCAGGGUGGUCUCUGAAACUGCCUUUGGAACCAGAUGCCACUGUGCUUACAAGUGCUGCCCUGAAAGCAGACAUGUCUGGACUCUGCAGGAUGUGUAAGGUCUGCAGUGAGAUGGGCAAGAUCAGAAGACAACAAAAUAAAAUGUCACCAGAAUGUGGUUUCUUGUCUGUUUGGUGUGUGGUGGUCUUGGUACCAUCCCUCCCUACACAACACACCCCACCCUGCCCACAGGUUGUCCUUCCUGUUGUGGUGCUGUUCAGUUGUCUGCACAGUUUCUCCUCAGAACUCCACACAUCCAUACUUUGAGCAAACAUUCACUACUUUCCCACCCAGUACAAUAAACCUAGGAAUUAAAGGAGGUUUUUCUUAGUGGAUUUCAGUCUAGAGUCCUAUCUCCUGUCAUUUAAAAGUUAUAACAAGACCUCUGUAGACAUGGAUAAUUCAUGACCGCCUGGAUUUUGUAGUUAAUUCAGUAACAUAUUCUCCUGCAUAAUGUGGCAUGUGGAAGGAAAUCAUUCUCUGACAAUCCAUCCCUGGCCAUCAGCAUUCCAGCAGAUUGAUUGCUGGAUUGGCUCAGGCUGGUGCGAGGGGGCGACGUCGCUGCUCGUGAGGAGUGAGCUCUGUCCAGGAGCACCUGUGUCCUGCCAGAGGGGGGCUAAGGCAGGGACUCGGGGAGACUGUGGCCGUGAUCCACUGCUCUGAGGGCAAGGGGCAAGUCAGCAGAAUCCCCUCCCUCACCUGCUACCCAUGCUGCAGGAGAUACAGCCCAGGACACGGGGUUCCUGGACUGCCAGGGCAUGUGGCCAGGUGGUGUCCAAUUUAGUUAUCCCUAGGUCCUUGUCCAUCAGGCUGCUCUCUAUCCGUGGAUUCCCCAGGUUCCUCUGGAUGACAUCCCUUCCCUCCAGCAAAUCAACUGCACCACGCAGCUUGGAUGAAGACAUUACACAGCAUUGGUAACACAGAUCCCGGAGGAAGACUGUCCACUGACCCGGCAAACUGGGCCUUGCUCUUACCAAAGAGAUCCAGCUCUGAGGGAGUCAGAAGUGAUAAAAGAGACCAGCCAGUCACUCAAUACUUGUUGCAGUGAUUAAUUGCACUAAAAAUGCUGUGUCUUCUCAUUUGAACUUGUUUUAAUUUCAGCCUCUGUAUCUGCCUGUACUGCUCAGUCCUGGUAACUGAAAUAGUUUUAUGGUAUCAAAAAAUUCUUCCUGCAUAUUUGUGCUUGUUAUUAACAUAUAUUGGUAUUUGCUUAUUAGUGAAGAUUUGCAUCUGUUUGUUAAUGAGAUAUGAAGGUAUCCAUCUUCCUGUAUUUAGAGACAUGGCCAUGGAAGUAGAUAGCUGGCCUCGUUUGACAGUAGAGGGUCCAAAUUGACUCCCUUGAUUUCUUUUGAGCCCUGGCCAGGCUUUGGCUGAAAACUAAGGAGAGAAGAGAGCCAGAUAUUUUCUGCACUGAAUAGUGACAUAAGCUUGGUUGUUUAACAGUAUAAAAGCUGGACCCUCUCACAGCACAGACGGAGCCCUCACCUGCGAGUGGCCGCGGAUUUCCUGGUUCCAGGGAGAGCUUCUCUGGCCCUUCCUGUGAUCGGGGCUCCCCAGCGGGUGAUGCGGAUCGUGGUAAUGUAUUAAAGGGGAGCUGGUGAGGUAUCUUUCUUAAUCACUAUAGACAUUCUGUAGUGAUGGUUAGGUGCAUUGCUAAGCUUGUCUUUUUCGAAUUCUUUGCUUCUUUUGUAAUUCUUUGCUGUGUUGCACUAUAGUAAAUUUAUACGUUUAUUUUUA